CGGAGCCUCCACCGGACUGGUAGGUAACUUCAGCCGCUGUCUGACCGGGAAGCAGGUCCCCGACUUACCGCCCUGUCCGCACUGAUAGUAUCUCCGCGGCCAUGAACCCCUUUCAGUGUCCCGACUGUGGGAAAUGCUACAAGCGAUCCAGUGAUCUGAUGAGACACCGGCGGGUCCACACCGGGGAGAGGCCAUUCACCUGCCCCGACUGCGGGAAGGCGUUCCUCCGCUCGUCCAACCUGGUGAUACACCGGCGAGUUCACACCGGCGAGAGGCCGUUCACCUGCACCGACUGUGGGAAGGCGUUCACCCACUCGUCUCACCUGGUGAUACACCGGCGGGUCCACACCGGCGAGAGGCCGUUCACCUGCUCCCAGUGCGGCAAGGGCUUCAAGGAUUCUUCCAGGUUGCUGAUUCACCAGCGCGUUCACACCGGGGAGAGGCCCUUCAUUUGUCUGGCGUGCGGGAAGGGGUUCACGCGGUCCUCCACCCUGGUGACCCACCAGCGGGUCCACACCGGGGAGAGGCCGUUCACCUGCUCCGACUGCGGGAAGGGCUUCCUCCGCUCCUCCAACCUGGUGAUUCACCGGCGAGUUCACACCGGCGAGAGGCCGUUCACCUGCUCCCAGUGCGGGAAGGGCUUCGCGCAGUCCUCUGACCUGGUGAUCCACCGGAGGAUCCACACGGGGGAGAAACCGUUCACCUGCUCCGAAUGCGGCAAGGGCUUCAUUCGGACGUCCGCCUUGGUGAUCCAUCAGCGUCUUCACACCGGGGAGAAACCGUUCACCUGCUCGGACUGCGGGAAGGGAUUCACUCGGUCGUCCGAUCUGGUCAUGCACCAGCGAAUUCACACCGGCGAGAGGCCGUUCACCUGCUCGGACUGCGGGAAGGGAUUCACUCAGUCGUCUGACCUGCGGAGACACCAGCGCGUUCACACCGGGGAGCGCCCGUACACCUGUCCCGACUGUGGGGAGGGGUUUAUUUAUACGUCCAGUCUGGCGGCCCAUCAGCAGCGGGUUCACGCCGGGGUGUGAGGUUCGCCUGCUCUUACUGGGGAGGGGGCUGGUUUAUUCGGUCAGCCCGACACUGACACAGUACUGGGGUAGACAUUCGCCUGGGGUCCGGGAUUUACUUGGUCGCCAAAAUGCGGAAAAAUCCGCGACUUCAUGCUGGGGCGAAGGACCGAAUGUACCUCAUAUGGGUUAUAUAAACUUCGCAGCUGCUGCGAUUCUGCGGGUGAUAAAUUGGAGUGGAUCCUUGUAAUCAGGCACGGUUGUGGUUUGUUCCCGGCGAUGUUGUUAACCUGAUACCUGGGCUGGGGUUUAACAUUCAAUAAGCCGUUUCCUUUGUUAAACACGCAGCCCACAGUGCGGUAGGCUGUCGUACGGUACGGUACAAACAGCGCCCACGGACCCCGCCGGUGUUAAGGGGGAGCUGAGAGGCUGGGAACGCGCGAACUGGAGGGGAGAAAUUGGUUUAUUAUCGCCAC